CACCAGAUACAUUUCAUUUGAGCUCCUGAUAGCUUAUCUUUCAAGCUCUUUUAUGCAACUGUGUAAGGUCUUAUCUUCUCCUCAUCCACAACUUUGUGUACUGUAAGAUGAACUGGAGUGGCAGAGACGGUGUUAAUUUUAUUUUCUCAUCAUUCCGUCUGUUGUAUGCUGUAAGAUGAACUGGAUUGCAAGUGGUGGUGUUCAAAUUUGAAGAUUAUCUAGGCCAAGACAGAUGUGUUCUAACCAUUAAUUGUAGCUUUGACACGGUCUUUCAAGUCGAUUCGAUAACCUUUCUGAUGCAAAACCAAGUGAGGUACUACUUGGAGCUUCGAGUUUGGAUGACUCUCUUCCGUUUUCUCUACUGGGUAUUGGGGGGCAAUAAUAGUAUUCAAAGGGAUGUUACACAGUGGAAUUGGGUAUGCAAGCUGAAGGAAACCGACAUCUUGUGCGAAAUUUUGAAGGCUCUACCAGAUAUUGCUUGAUUGAGAAAGCUGAUCUGCAGAGGGGGCAAUCUUUAGUUAAACAUCUCUAAAGGUUGAAUGGGACAUGGACGGGCACACAGGGUUUCAAUCAGUUUCUUUGGGUAAGUUACCCAAAGAGAACUCGGGAUCUUUUCUGCAUCUGCUUAUUCCAGGACAAGAAAGUGAUCUACCUAUUGCCAAGAAGAGCUUUGGGGAUUCUGCCAAUGUUGUUUUGGGUCAAUCUAGCUUGCAACCAAAUUGUUACUCUGAAGAAUAUGCUAAAGGUCAUUGGGACUCCAAUAGCUGGAAUUGGGAUGGUGUAUCAUUUUUAGCGAAACCCAAAGGUAAAUGCUUGACUACAAAUGAGCCUGAACAAUUGCAUGAUUCUGAGACUAUAAUUACAGUUGAUGGUGUCUCGGAUCAUUCAGAUGUUUCUAUAGGAGUGCUAAAAUUGGGAACUGAUGAAUUUCAAAGGGUGAAGGAUUCCUCCUCAAAACUUAAGAGGAAACAAUCUUUCGAUGCAAGUAGACAGGUUUUGGAUACCACAAAGCCCUAUUUUAGAGACAGCUCAUCAGGGGGGAAUUCAGAAAGUUUAACUUUGAAUCUUGGUGGAAUGCCCUAUUCAUGUACUGAUGAUGGUGGGAAUAGACGUACCAAAUGCAAUAGACCUGAUUCUCCUGGCAAGGGUUAUCCAAUGUGUCAAGUAGACAAUUGCCAAAUCAACCUUACAGAUGCCAAGGAUUAUCACCGACGUCACAAAGUAUGUGAGAUGCAUUUCAAAGCAAACAAAGCCCUUGUGAAUCGGUUAAUGCAACGCUUUUGUCAACAAUGCAGCAGAUUUCAUCCAAUUGAACAUUUUGAUGAUGAGAAGCGAAGUUGUCGAAGGAGACUAGCUGGGCAUAACAGAAGGAGACGAAGGACUCGGUAUGAGGAUGGUGCAUGCAAACAACUUGUCCAGGAAGGAACUGAUCAGACACUGAACAAAUUGGACAUAGUGCGUCUAAUUGGCAUCCUAUCUAAGAUUCAAGGGGACAGGUUAGUGGAUCAAUCAAAUCUGGAUUGCAAUUAUAUUUUGCAGUGCUUGAAAACUGCAAAUAUAGUAUCCCAAAAUGGUCAGAUCAGUGAUAAGGACUUAAACAAUGCACAUUUACAACCAGACAUGGAUGCAAUUAUGCGUUCUUUACAAACCAUUGUUCAUCAAUCAUCUCAAAUGAAUGCAUCAUUACUUCCAUUUAUUUCAGCAUUUGCAGGCUGUUCAUCUGAUGCUCUAGCUCUCCUACUUCGUAUUGUUUCAAGAGACUGUAGUUUUCCAAUGGUACAUGCAUCUCCUGAGCUGCCAACUAAUCAGAAUUUGCAGACCAUAAAUCAAAACUAUAAAUCUGGGAUUGUGAGUGAAAAAAGUAAUUCAACAAUUUUAAAGGGAACUGUGGAGCUACAUCCCUCUGUAAAUGGUCAUUCACCUGAUGUAUCUAAAUUUUCUGGUCAGAUUUCUAGUUCUUCAGAUGGCGAUAAUCAGUACUUUACUAAAAAGAUCUGUGAUGUGGUGGAGGAAAGAUAUCAAUCAACUGGUCCAUCAUCAAUAUUGCAAUUGUCACCUCCAGUUCUACAGAACUUGUUGCCUUCUUCUGAGAACACAAGAGAUUCAAAAUCUAGUGCUCAUAAAAUGGAGCAUAAACAUCCUUCAAGCAAUGAAAAUGUUUCAAAAAGUACACUCAUUGGAUCAGUUUUCAAGAAUAACACACCAAGUUAUUUGAGUGGAACCCCUAACAUAGGGAAACCUUUGCCAAAAAUUGGUAGCAAUUGUUUAUAUGGAUCAAAUGAGGCUCUCUGUUCAAGCUUUCAGAACCACACAGAUCGAAUUGUAUUUAAACUUUUUGACAAAGAUCCAGGUGACUUUCCCCUCACACUAAGAACACAGAUUAUUGAAUGGCUUUCGCAAAUUCCAUCUGAUAUGGAAAGUUAUAUUCGACCUGGUUGUGUGAUACUCUCCAUUUAUGUAGCCAUGCCAUCUUGUGCUUGGGAGCAACUAGGUAAUAGUUUGCAAGAAACUUUGGAACGCCUUGUUGCUAGCCAUGAGAGUGAUUUUUGGAGAACUGAUAAGAUACUUGUUCAAGUGAAACAACGGUUGGCUUCUGUCAAAGAUGGUAAGAUUCGAUUGAGUAAGACUUUGAUGCCACGUAACGCUCCUGAGAUUUACUCAGUAUGGCCUAUUGCAAUUGUAGCUGGUGAAGACACUACUUUAGUUUUAAGAGGCCGCAAUUUGAAUGUUCCAGGCACAAAAUUUCUCUGUGCUUACAAAGGAAAAUAUACCUUUGCAGAAGUUCCUGAGCGAGUUGAGGAGUCAAACAUUUAUCCAAGAAUGAUACAUGAGCAGACUAGACAGUUGCUCAGACUUUCAGGGGGUCCAGCUAAUGUAUUGGGCCGUUGCUUCAUUGAAGUGGAACACAUUCUCAAAGGAAAUACCUUUCCUAUCAUUGUCGCAGACAGCGCCAUUUGUAUGGAGUUGCACAGUCUUCAACUGGAAAUUUGUGAUUCAACCACGGCACUAGGAAGCACUGAUGUGGACUCUUUUGAUGACCAUGUUCUGGAUAAUGUUCAAUUAGGAGUCAAAAUGGAGACCCUCUUUUUUCUAAAUGAAUUGGGAUGGCUUUUCCAAAGAAGCAACUGGGAGACAAAGUAUAUUGGAAAAUCUCCAGCCACAAAAUUUUCAGUUUCUCGCUUUAGAAGCCUCUUGAUAUAUGCAGUAGAACAUGAUUGGCGUGCUUUGAUGAAAAGGCUGUUGGACUUAUUCUUUAUCAUGAAUGUUGGGCAGGAGGGACUAUCCCAGGAGGCAAUAGAAAACUUAUCAGAAGCAAACCUCCUACACAGAUCUGUAAAACGAAAGUGUAGGCAAAUGGUGGAUUUGCUUUUGCACUAUUCACCACCUUCAAAUCAUACUCAUGAUUUCAAAAACAGCUUCACAUUCACUCCAGACAUGGCAGGUCCGCUUGGUCUCACACCGCUACAUAUAGCUGCUAAUAUGCAAAAUGCUGAGGACAUGGUGGAUGCAUUGACUAGUGAUCCACAUGAAGUUGGAUUAUAUACUUGGAGCUCAACCUUGGAUACAAGUCAGAAGAGUCCAGAAACCUAUGCCAUGUUACAAGGUAAUAUAUCAUAUAUGCAUAUGAUACAAAUAAAACUUUCUAUCAAGAGAAGUCCCCAGGUAAUGAUCAGAAUUUGCGAAGCAAAAGCAUCUCUUGAUGAACCCAAAACACCGGGUGGAACUAGUGCAGUUGCAAGGGGGACAGAGCUGGCACGGCCUCAAUUGCAACAAUCAAAUCCCCCACGUUCAGAAACGUGUGGUAGACUAGUAAGAGCAACCACAACCCUCCAUGGGAGCUUAUGUCGUCCAUUUCAUUUUUCUCGUCUUUAUAUUGCAGCAGUGUUUGUCUGUGUAUGCCUCAUCUUCAAGGGUCCACCUCAAGUUGCUUCUGUCUCCCAUUUCAAGUGGGAAAAUGUAGAUUUCGGUCUGUUCUGAAGCUUAUUAUGAUACCCUUAAAAACUAUAUGUUCUCUAGAUUAUCCUAUAUGUUAGUAUAGGUGUUAUCCUAAUGUUGGUAUAGGUGUUUUAUGGACCUGGUACAAACUUGUUCUUCAUAUUAUUAAUAUCGUAUUUGUAGUGGAUGAUGAGCUCAGAUUAGUCUUUCAUCUUGACGUGCUGGGCUAUUACCUGAGCAUUCUCAUGCAAUCAACGCUGGUAAGUCAUAAUCAUUAUAUAUUUUAACUGGUGACUAUAAAUAUUCAUAGAAAACAAUGAAAUAAUGGUUAGUUGGAGCA